AUGCAGAGUACAGCUCAGGGGAUACAGUCACUCUUUGCCGCAUCUACUGCAAGGUUGAGGACCGUUCUCAGCAAUCAGACUGUGGACAUCCCAGGAAAUGUGGCCAUUACUCUGGAGGGACGCACAGUUAUUGUGAAGGGCCCCAGAGGCACCCUGCGGUGGGACUUGAACCACAUCCAUCUAGAGCUCAGUCUCCUUGGGAAGAAAAAGAAGAGGCUCCGGGUUGACACGUGGUGGGGGAACAGAAAGGAACUGGCCACAGUUCGCCCUAUCUGCCGUCAUGCACAGAACAGGGUCAAGGGUGUUACACCGGGCUUCCGUUACAAGAUGGGGUCUGUGUGCGCUCACUUCCCCAUCAGCGCCGUUACUCAGGAGAAUGGUUCUCUUGUUGACAUUAGAAAUUUCUCGGGUGAAAAAUACAUCCGGAGAGGUCGGAUGAGGUCAGGCUUUGCUUGUCCAGUAUCUCGAGCCCAGAAAGGUGACUUGAUUCUUGAAGGAAAUGACAUUGAACUUGUGUCAAAUUCAGCUGCUUCGAUUCAGCAAGCCAAGACAGUUAAAAACAAGGAUAUCAGAAAGGUUUCGGAUGGUAUCUAUGUUUCUGAAAAAGGAACAGUUCAGCGGGCUGGUGAAUAAGACCUAAGUUGUCCAGCUAUAGAAACACCGGGAUGCCGAAUGAUUUGUCACACUUGUUUGUGAAACU